GACUGCCACAACAGGAAAUAAAAAGAAGAAGAAGAGAGAGAGAGAGCAUAAAACAAAUGUACAAAUCUUGUAGACAAGUCCAAAUGUACGAAGACAGGCUGAACAGAAUACACACAAAAUUAGAAACAAAAAGCACCAAAUGGAUUUAAUUUCAUGCUUUCAAAAACAUAACCUAAAAAAGUCGGACUUUGAAGCUCGGGAACAAAACUUUCACAGGGAAAGAUCGUGGUUACGGAAGCUUUUUACUGGGUUGUGUCUACUGAUAGUUAUGUGUUUUCUGGUUAUAUGGUCUUAUAUGGGAAAUGAAAGAAAGAAAAGCCCUCCGCCCAGCUUUUUGUCUCAGCACUGUGCAGAGCGCCAUGACUCUUCAAACUCCAGCUCUCCUGCAGCAGUCAAUUCAGAAGUCUCAGUAACUUAUAAAUCUCAAUCUCAGUCACCAAUAAAUUCUUUUUAUUCUGAAUUAGGAAUCAGUUCAGAUUCCUACUCCAGGUUACAGCAGGCUGUUAAAUGGGCAGAGCCAGACAGAUCAAUCACAAAUGUGUCCAUGAGUACUAGUCCAGCUCACACCACAUUCAUCAUAGCGAACCUGAAAGACAGCUACCAAAUUGGAGAGGAACUUUUAGUUUUAGUGCAUGCAAAGGAUUUUGAUAAUAAGUCUAAAAGUUAUGGAGGCGACUUUUUUCAAGCCAAGCUGUUCUGGUCUAAAACUAAGGCCAGUGUGUUUGGGGAGGUGCGGGACCUGCUCAACGGCUCGUACUCUGUGCGUUUCUUCCUGCCGUGGGUCGGUGAGGCUCAGGUGGCUGUGCGUCUCAUUCACUCCAGUGAAGCUGUGCAGGUCCUGAAGCGUCACAGAGAUACUAACUCUGAUAGAGUGUACUUUAAUGGAUAUUAUGAGGGACCAGGACCAAAUAAGACCAGGUUGAGUGAAACGAUGAAGUGUAAUGUGAAGUGGGACAAGAAUGGACUAGAGAGAACGGGAACAGGAGACUGUUGCUGUGAAUACAAAGAUCCCCGUACUGGAGAAACAUGGCGCUGUCAGAGACCCAAAUCACUGCCAUGCAGUGCCCUUGUGUACCACUCUAUGGGUGGUUAUAAAAACCAUUUGACUAAUAAUGACAAGAUGCUUAUGACACAAACUAAUAAAGGUAUCAAUGGAGAUAAGAGCAUCAUCAAAAUUUUUCAUCAUCAGAAUGAUACUAAUGACAUAACAGAAAAAUGUCGUCCUGGUUUACACACUCCAGUCCCAGCCGGGUUUUACCUGAAUGAUGUGUGGACGUCUUUUGUCUGUAGCACAAGACAUUUUACAACCCAAACGACAACAGAGUGCCUGAGAGACAAACACAUCUACAUGAUGGGAGACUCGACUUUGAGGCAGUGGUUUGAGUUCUUUGUGAAAGAAGUACCAACGCUGAAGCAGAUGAACCUGCAUGUCCAAUAUCAGUCAGGGCCGCUCCUAGCAGUGGAUGUGGAGAACAACAUUGACUUACACUGGAGGGCUCACGGUGUUCCUCUGCGCUGUAUGAAAACAGCAAUUGCUAAUCUGCACUACAUCAGUAAUGAGAUCGAUGACCUGGCAGGAGGACCCCACACGGUCAUUAUAUUCAAUCUGGGGCCCCAUUUCACCACGUACCCUCUGGAGUUCUUCACCCAGAGAGUGUUGAGGAUCCGCAAAGCUGUUCUAGCAUUGUUACAGCGGGCCCCUGACACUACUGUUAUAAUCAAGACUGUCAACACUGGCUAUAAGGAUAUUUUCGGCAGUGACUGGUAUUCUCUACAGUUGGACAGAAUUCUGCGGUGGGCUUUUCAGGAUGUUGGUGUUUAUAUUUUGGAUGUGUGGCAAAUGACAGCCUGUCACUACAACAAAGAAGACAUCCAUCCAGGCCCUGUCAUCAUCAAAAAUGAGAUUGACAUUUUACUCUCUUUUAUUUGCAAGAAUUAAUUUAAAAGAUUUUACUAGGGCUACCAUAGGGGUCAAAAUAGAACUUUAGUAAAAUAUAAGAGUAAAUAACUCAAUUGUAAUUAAAUUUUAUUUAAAAAUUACAGUUGUAGCUAGACAGUUGCCUAUGGCUAUGAUUGCACUACUAAAGUUGUCUGUUUGAUUUUAUAAAUUUUUACUUCAAUAAAACCAAGGAUUAGUUUUUGUAA